GUGGGGGAGUAGGAGGGGUCCUUCCUUCUCUUCUUUCAUCCCUCCUCCUCCUUCAUCCCUGCUCCUCCUUCAUCCCUCCUCCUCCAUCCCUCCUCCUCCUCCUGCAUCCCUCCUCCUCCCCGUCCCCUCCCGCCGCUCGGUGCCGGUGCCGGUGGCCGGGCAGCGCCGAGCCCCAGCGGAGCGGCAAUGGCGGGGCCCUGCCGCCGCUACCCUCCCCUGCCCGUACCCCUGCCCGUGCCACUGGGGCUCUGCCAGCUGUUGCUGAUGCUGCUCCUGCCGCCUCCCGCCGCCGGCUCCUGGAGCCCGGCCGUGCUGCAGCCCGCUGCCCGCAGCAACUGGUGCUCCUACACGGUGACGCGGACGGUGUCGUGCCAGGUGCAGAACGGCACCUUCCUCCAGAGGGUCUUCCAGGGCUGCCGCUGGCCUCUGGCUUGCAGUGGCGGCAGCAGCUACCGCACGGUCGCCAGGCCCCUCUACAGGGUGAGCUACCGGACGCUGACGGCGCUGGAGUGGAGGUGCUGCCCCGGGCACGCUGGUGCCAGCUGCGAGGAAGCAGAGGCUCAGCCCUUCCUCACCCUGCGGGACCCCAGGCAGCCUGGCACGGCCCUGCGCCGCCCCCCCCUGCGCCCCGCCGCCUUCUCAGGGUGCCUGAACUGCAGCCAGGUCGGGGAGCUGAGUGCCAGGCUUGCCACCCUGGAGGCACAGGUGGCCAGGCUGGCUGUGGCCAAACCCCUCAGCACCCCAGCACCCAAAAGCAGCACCCUGGGCAGGGGGGCAGACGCUGGGCAGCUCUGGGGGUCCCCUGCUGCCCGUGGGAGCCCCGGGGAUGACGGGGGACCCAGCUCGCGGGGCCCCCCCGGCCCCAAGGGAGACGUGGGGGGCCGGGGACCGUCCGGUGCUCCGGGGGUGAAGGGUCCGGCAGGGCCACCAGGUCCCCCUGGCCCCCCAGGCCCCCCCGGCCGGGAUGGAGCAAGAGGACCGCCAGGGGAGAAGGGCUUGCCCGGGCCCCCCGGCCCCCCGGGCCCCCCUGCCCCUGUGGGGCCAGCGAUACCCCCCCGAGGCCAGCCCAGGGACCCUCUCCUCUCCAAUACCUUCAUUGAAGCUGCUGGGGGCAUCGUGGGGCCAGCAGGCCCCCCCGGACCCAUGGGGCCAAUGGGUCCUCCUGGCCCCCCAGGUCCCACCGGGCCACCAGGCCCCCCCGGACCUGAUGGCAGAGCUGGGGCACCAGGAGCUGCUGGCCCCCCCGGGCAGAAGGGUGACAGGGGUCCCCAGGGCCACCCUGGCAGCCGUGGGCAGGACGGGGCACAGGGCGAGCCGGGCCCCAGGGGAGAGCCUGGCCAGAAGGGCACUUGGGGGGAGGCUGUGCCCCAGCUGCGGGAGGCUCUCAAGAUCUUAGCAGAGAGGGUUUUGAUCUUGGAAACCAUGAUCGGGCUCUACGCUUCCAGACCCUCCCGCGGCAGCAGGCCCGGCUGGAGGUCCUGGCUACAAGGGUCACCUUGCUGGAAGCCAUCAUCUGGCCAGAACCAGAGGCCGGCUCGGGCAGUGACCCCCCAGGCACGGUGGCCCCCAGACCCCCCCGUGCCAAGCGCGGCAGCGGCCACCCCCCGUAUCGCAUCGUGCCCCCUCGCCGGCGCCGCUCUGGCAACCAGUGACACAGCCUCGGGGGCGGGCGUCACUGUCACCCCCCUCCCCCACCCCUGUGCCCACCACCGUGCUGGGAUGGGCAGCGGCACCUGCCGUGGUGGGGGUGGGCAGGACGGGAGUGGCCUCCCCCCCACCCCCACUUGGUGCUAGCUGGUGGCACGGCGCCAGCCCCCCCCAAACGCUUUGCCUCCCAUCGCUGCUGCUUGAACCCCCUCAGAGGGGGCAAAGGGGUGCCAGCCCCCUCCCCCCUCCCCCCGUUUUUGCCCCCACCCCAAGGUGCGGCUGUGGGGGCGCUGCCAUCCUGUCCCCCAGAGCCACCUCUGAGCUGGGAAGCAGGCUCAGAGACGGGGGGGGGCUGGCAGUGGGCAUCCCCUGGCCGGGGCCCCUGCUGUGCCACGCUGCUUUGUGCCCACCGCUUGGGGACCCUCAAGGUCAUUAAACACCUCUGAACCUGUG